GGGAAAAAUUUUAGUAAGAGAGGAGUUUCAAACUUGCAAGACUCCUUCCUCUCUCUCUUUUUCUCUUUUAUAUUUUUUGCUUUCACUUCUUCACCUUAGGCAGCUCUUUUGAUUCUAUCUGAUCCCUUCUUUUCCGGUAUUGGCGUUGACGAACUCUGGCUCUUGCAUUUGGUUUGAUUAUUUGAGAGCGACAAUGGCGGCCGACGGGAUGACGGUGGUGCAUGCGGCGGAGGAGGAGGUGGCGGCAUCGUCUUCAUCCAAGGUUGAGAUUGUUGUGGAGGAAAAGGAGCAGGAGAAGGAAAAGGAAGAUCUUUCCAAUGGCGUCAAUGGGAGGAUUGUUAAGGUAGACACUGACGGUGACGGUGACGGUGAUGGUGAUGGUUCGUACGUUUUCGUUAACGGAAACGACGUCGUUAAUGGCGAUCCGGUGGAGUCGGAUCUUGAGAAAAACGGCAAUGGCGUUGGUGGACACGAUCGGGUAAUUGAGAAUUUGGAGACUGAAGGAGGAGUGAAAUCUGAAUCUGAUUCGGUUAAGGAUUUGGAAGGAGAGGUUGAAUCUUGUAUUGGAAUUGUGGAUCAGGACAAGGAAUCAAUGGAAUUGUGCCACGUGAAGGGUCCUGUUGAUGAACAAAAAACAGGGGAUCUUGUUGAGAGUGGUCCUGUUUCUGCUAUAAAUGCUGAAGAUGGUGUUUCAGUAACUUCCACCCUUGAUCAGAAUGGAGUCUCUGAAUCGCCUGGAGAUGUUUCUGAUAGUAAUGGAGUUGGUUUGCCUAAUGCUAUCGCUGAACACACUGUUUCUGAAGUUGCUGUUGUUGAUUCCAGUGCUGAAAAGAGUGAUAAGGUUUCUUUGAUCUCUGUGUCUGAUAGUAAUGAAGGUAGUUUAGCUAAUGACUGUGUCGAAGACAAUGUAGUCGAUUCCAGGUCAACAGAUAAUGAGGACUCUGAAAUUUCUGUAGCUGAUGAUGUUGGUUGCAAUGGAGAUGGUUUAGCUAAUGAUAGUGCUGAGGAAAAUGUCGUUGUUUCCAGGUCAAAAGAGAAUGGGGACUCUGAGAUGGCUUUCGCUGAUUGUGGUGAUUGCAAUGGAGAUGGUUUACGUAAUGAUAGUGUUGAAGACAACGUUGUCGAUUCCAAGUCAAAAGAGAAUGAGGCCUCUGAGAUGGCUGUAGUUUAUGAUGGUGAUUGCAAUGGAGAUGGUUUAGCUGAUUCCAAGUCAAAAGAGAAUGAGGACUCUGAGAUGGCUGUAGCUGAUGAUGGUGAUUGCAAUGGCAAUGUUUUAGCUAAUGGUAAUGCUAUGGACACUGUUUCUGAAGGUGCUGUUGAUACCAGGAAUGAACAUAAUGGGGUUUUUGAAUUGCCUGUAUCUGAUGAUGGGGUUCCUAUUGUCUCAGUCUCUGACAGCAGCGGGGAUGGUUUACCUGACGCUGGGGCCAAGGACAAUGUUUCAGAAGCUGUAGUCUUUGAUUCCGCGGCUGAACGGAAUGAUGUUGUUUCUGUCUCUGUCUCUGAUAGUAAUGGGGAUAGUUUACCUGCUGAUACUGUGGAAGAUACUGUUUCGGAAGUUUCCAAGCCUGAAGAGAAUGAGUCCUCUAACAGAGUUGAAGUUGAAGCUGAAGCUGAUUCUCAUUGUCCUGUCUCUACUGGUGAUGGAGACAGGCCUGAACAAAAUGGCUUCUCUGAAAUGUCUGGAACAGUGCAUCCAGAUGUUGUAUCUGGCGAUGAAUUGAUUAAUGGUGGCGAAAAUUUAAUAGCUGUGAAUGAGGUUCCUGUGGAAGGUGGGUUGGAGUUGGAACAUAAUUCUGGACGCGAUUUAUCGUCGGGGGCUGAUACUCAUUUAGAAAAGGAAACUGGCAUGGAUUCUAUCUCCGAUGAAUGUGGAGAGUCCUUGCAGGAUGUUCACGCUCAGGAUGGCAUUUCAGGGACAGUUGUGAUUGACGACUCAGUUGAUUCAAGUCAAAGCUCACAACAAGGUCAGUCUUCUGAAAUAGUGGAAAGCACUGCCUCCCUUAUUACAAAUGAGAAUGAAAAUGUAACUGUUGAAAGGGUUGUUUGUGAUACAACAACUGAUUCAAAUAUCGACACUGGGGCUUCUGCUGAUGUUGUGGAAAGCUCACCCUCCAAAGUUACACUCAAGAAUGUUACUGUUGAAAGUACCGUUAGUGAUACUACUUCUGAGACUUUACUGCCAUCUCCUGUUGCUGAUGAGAAAGUAGAAACUGAAGUCAUUAAGUCAGAUGAGAAUAGCAGAGGGGGUUCAGAUUCCCUAAAUAUUGAGAAUUCAGAGGUAGAUAUCGAGGCUGAGAGUGGUUCUGUUGAUGAUGAUUCUAAGUCAAGUUGCUCGGCCAAUGGUUUGAAAUCAGACACAAAAAUUAGUUCUGAUUCAAUAGUCUUUGAAAAGGCUCAGGUUCCAGAAGGGCUUGCUGAAUGUGAUAGCAUUGAGCCCGUCACUGUGGGUGAUACAGAUGAAAAAUUGGCUGUGGCUAAUGUUCAAAAUGAUAGUAGCUUGGCUGCUUCUCUAAGUAAUGAUGAGAAAGCACCUGCUGCAGUUGAAAAUUUGUCUGCUGUGAGUAACCGCGAGAUUUCUGGCAACAAUGGCUUUGCACAUGAAUCUGGAGCAUCAAAUUGUGAUAUUAACGAUAAUGAACGAACCUAUACUGUCAUAAAGGGAGGAAUUCAGUUUGGUAGUGUUGUUACAUGUCAAGAACCAGAAGGCCUUGAUGAGGUUGAAAGCAAAAGGCCAUUUUACUUCUUGAUCAGGGUCCCAAGAUAUGAUGGUGAAAAUUUAAAAGAAAAAGUCAGACUUGCUCAGAUUAAAGUUGAUGAGAAAACUCAAAGUCGGGAUGCAAUUCGAAUUGAAAUGCAAAGCAAGAGGGCUACUUGCAAGGAAUACGGGGAUAAUUUUGAUGCUGCCAUAUCCCAAGAGAGAGCAGCACGAGACUUGCUUAGGUCUAAACGCCAGGAAAUAGAGUCUAUCCAAUCUGUGAUGAACAUUGAGGAUAUUGAUGCCAAGAUACGAAACAUGGAACACAUGAUACAGCAUGAAACCCUGCCUCUUAAGGAUGAAAAGCAGUUCAUUCGUGAAAUCAAGCAAUUAAAGCAAACUCGUGAUCGGCUCUCUUCUAAUAUGAGUAGACAGGAUGAAGGUCAGCAGGGUUUGGACCAGAAAAGCCAAAUUGAAGAGCGCCUGAAGUCUUUAAAGAAGGAAGCUGACCAAUUGAAGGUCAAUCUCCUGAAGGCUGAGGCAGUCACUAAGGCUGCUAAGAAAAAAUAUCAUGAAGCAACUGAAAAGUUAAACAAAUUGCUGUCCCAGUUCAAAGCUGCAGAUGACAUACGCCAAGAAGCGUAUGCGCAGUUGCAGAGUUUGAAGAAAGAAUCAUAUGAGAAGAACAAGUAUUUUUGGCAGUACAGGGAUGAUGCAAAGACAGCAAAUGAUUUGGCUUUGAAAGGGGAUAGAGAGGCACUUCAAAAUCUGUGUGUUAACCAGGUGGAGAAAUUUAUGGACUUAUGGAACAACAACGAUGAAUUCCGUAAAGAAUAUGUGAGAUGCAAUGUCAGGAGCACAUUAAGGAGACUGAGGACGUUAGAUGGCCGUGCACUUGGUCCUGAUGAAGAGCCACCUGUAAUUCCUCAAGUAGUAGAUAAUACAGUGGCCAAGGAUCAUACUGUGUCGAGCCCAACUUUGGAAGAACAAACACAAGAGAAAGUGGCACUUGCAAAAUCUGAAAAGGCAAAUGACAAACCUGUGGCAAAGGCUGUGGAGCAAAAGAAUCAGACAAGUAAAUCAGAGAAGUCCUUGAAACCUGUUCCUCUAGCAACUGGUUCAACAAUUGCUUCAAGCGGGGAUAAAAUUGACGAGGCAGGAGAAGAAAAACCGAAGAGAACAAAGGAGGAAGAGGAACUGGCUAGGAAGGCAGAGGAAUUGAGAAAGGAAGAGGAAGCAGCUAAAUUGAGGGAGCAACACCGGUUAGAGGAGAUAACUAAAGCUAAGGAGGCACUAGAAAGGAAAAGGCGAAUUGCAGAGAAGGCCCAAGCCAGGGCUGCAUUAAGAGCUCAGAAAGAAGCUGAAGAGAAAGAGAAGGAAAGAGAAAAGAGGGCAAAGAAGAAGGAAAGAAGAAAGCUGGCUGCUACAGCAGCAGGGGAUGAAGAUGUUACAGAUGAAACAGGAUUUGCUCCAACUUCUGAAACUCCAGCUGAAACUCCAAAAGAAUCUGAAACUAAAUACAAACCUGUGACAGUGGCUAAAAGGCAUCAAAGGCCAUCACAGUUCACAAGGCAGACCAAGGCAAAAUCUAUUCCCCCUCCUCUUCGCAACCGAGGUAAGAGAAGGAUGCAGCCAUGGAUGUGGGUCCUUCUUACCACUCUGGUUAUUUUCGCCUUGUUUUUAAUCGGAAACUAUAACUUCUCUUUCAACUUCGGGCUGCAAUGGUUUAACUUUUAGAUAUAUAUAUAUUGGCUUAAUAAGUAGGUAAGUAAUCAAGAGAGACUUGGUGGAUAUCUCCAUAGAUAGACAAUUCUUUUGUGCUCUUCUCAAGGUGUUUCUUUUAUUUUUUAUUUUUUCUUAUUUUUUCCCCUAUAUUGUUUUCAAUGUACUCUAGUGGUCAUUCACGUCAUUCAUUAGAUUGGUUUCUGUCAAAUUCUAAUAUGAGGAGAACUUCCAUUGGUAUUGUUU